AUGGACAAGCAGGAUCCAGAUAGAUCAGCUAUCGAUACUGAGGGUUGCUCGCCUGGGGGCCCGGGUCGUGCUUCUCCCCGGGAGAGAAUUUCCCCGGAGCAGAAAUAUUCCCCACCUCUAGCGACCGAACCAACGCAAACAUUUCACGAGGAUGGUAUGUGCAAGUCUAAGCCGCAAAAGAACUACAACGUUUCCAAGAAUAAUGAUAGAUGGAAGCAGAAGGGCCCCGCAAGGUGGACCAAAGGAAUAAGUGCCAGAAAUCUUUCGAAUUUCGCCCGCGAUGUUAUUUUCGACCAUGAAUUUGAGAUUUUUGACACUAAUGUGGCCGAGUAG